AUGCUCUGCCAUUUUCGAAAAGCAAAUACGAUUUCUCCUUCAACUAUUCCAUCGUCUGUGCGCAUGCGUGACUUUGUGUGUCUGCCUCUCUUUCAAAUCCACCACAUUGUCGUUCUGCUUCUUGAUCCUCUGUUCUCAUUACCGCCGACCUCCAACCUCAAUUUUAUUUCGUCUCUGGCUCUGAUUACUUCUCCUUCGGCUGCAAUCGAAUUAUUCCUUCUCUCUCCAUCUACCUAUUUCUUUCCUUUCCCUUCUUGCAUUUCUCCCCUUCACUUCUUUCGCUCCAAGCCACAUUCCCUAAUUUCCUUUCUCUCUAAGCCACAUUCUCCAAUUUCCUUUCUCUCUCACACUCGAAUCUCUUUCUCUCCAGGCCACCUUCUCUCAGCACUCGCUCAAUUCACCUAUCACGGCAAAUGCUUUCUUUUUCUUCUUCAUCUUCUUCUGCUCUCCAUCUUCUUUCUCUUCUUCUUCUUCUUCUUCUGCUCUCCAUCUUCUUUCUCUUCUUCUUCUUCUUCUUCUGCUCUCCAUCUUCCUUCUCUUCUUCUUCUUCUUCUUCUGCUCUCCAUCUUCUUCUUCUUCUUCUUCUUCUUCUUAUUAUUAUUAUUAUUAUUAUUAUUACAAUUUCUGCGCCGUUUUUGUUUAUCUCACUCGACUAUUCCUUUUUUUUUUCUCCCUUCUCCAAAUUAUCCGCCCUUUUUCUUCUCAAGCGACGCUCUCAAAUCACGACGACCCACUGCUACUUUUUCUACCGACCCACCUUUCAUCUACCCGGGUGCUUUCACUGAGUCCACACCAGACCUCCCGCUCGUUCACGCCGUCCAGCACAGAUAUAGCAUACCCACCGCCCACCGCAUUGCAACCACUGCUCAGCUAUGGGGUGGUAGUCAGAGGCCGAGGGCAGAUAACUUGGCCGUGAAUAAGACAAAAUAA